CCUCCCCCACCAGAGUAGCACCCAGCACCCCACCCCCCACAGAAGCACCCAGCACCUCACCCACCAGUGCUAAUGGCCUUCAACCCUUUCAUGUACCCCCACCACGCCGAACGUUACGGGAUCGAACCCAUGCUGGCACAGUCAUACUUCUCGUCUCUCGGGACAUUUUUCCCCGGGACCUACCCUGACGUCAGCGACCAAUCAACGCUCUGUCAGCCAUCUUUGUCCAAGAUGGCCGACGUGAGACCGGAAAUGGUCUCGCCGAACUCGUCACGCCAUUUUCGUAGCCUUGAACUUGAGGACGACGGUGUGGCAGACGAACCGGAAGUGGAGCUGGAGGGCAGAGACUUGUGGGAGAAAUUCCACGAAUUCGAGUCUGAGAUGGUUAUCACAAAGUCAGGAAGGCGAAUGUUCCCUCCCUUCAAGGCGAAGAUAUCUGGACUUGACAAAAAGGCCAAGUAUAUUCUCUUGCUGGACAUAGUUUGUGUGGACGAUUGUAGGUACAAGUUCCAUAAUGGCAAGUGGAUCGUGGCCGGCAAAGCUGACCCUGAGAUGCCCAAACGGAUGUACAUCCACCCCGACUCCCCCUGCACGGGCGAGCAGUGGAUGCAGAAGGUGGUCAGGUUUCACAAGCUCAAGCUGACCAACAACAUCUCGGACAAGCACGGAUUCACGAUUCUGAAUUCCAUGCACAAGUACCAGCCCCGCCUCCAUCUUGUACGAGCAGACGAUAUCCUGAAGAUUCCCUACAGCCCGUUCAGGACGUUCGUCUUCAAGGAGACCGUCUUCAUCGCAGUCACAGCUUACCAGAACGAGAAGGUAACCCAGCUAAAAAUAGACCAUAACCCAUUCGCCAAGGGUUUCCGGGACUCGUGUGGGGGAAAGCGAGAGAAAAAACGGUUCACCAUCAGCUCCUACUACGGCCGGGACCUGUCACGUGACACGACGGCACCAGCUACGUCACGACCCCCAGCCGCUGGUCAGUCAAACGUAACCAGCAACACGGCUGAUGUGUCUGAAACUGGAAGUGACGUGGAGUCAGAGAACGACCUGAGUGACCCCACCAGUAAAGGCGAUCCCUAUACACAAACACAUCACAGACAGAACUUUCAGAGUCCCAUGGGAAUGCCAACUGGAAGGUCGACAGAUAAGACUAGUGUCACGUUACAGGAAACAGUUUUUGACAAGUCUAAAGACAAAUCUUGUGACACGCUCACAGAAAAACCAAGUGACAAGUGUAAAGACAAAUCGUAUGAUAAGUUUCAAGAAAAUGACAAGAGUAAAGGUCGUCUGUUUGUUGGUGUGUCUGAAGAUGACCAUAAAAAUGACGACGUGAAGGUUAAUAAAGGAGGAGAUAGAAUCUCAUUCAGAAAACGCCAGGAAUCCCCUGACUCCACCACCCACAGAACCCACACAUCUGCCCACACACACACCCACACGACUGUGACGUCAUCAUCGUCCGGCAGACUUCCGGUGGAGGAGAUCAACACCAAACCACAGACGUCUCUAUCGUUUCCGGUCAGCGCCAUGUUGAACUCAAACUCUACUCUCCCCCAUCCGAGCGGUACUCUCCCCCAUCCCAGUGGCGCCGCUCCUCUCUCAAACUCCCAGCCACUCUCCAGCCAACGCUCCACCCUCAGGGAAACAGCCAACCCCCUACAGCAGAUGUACAGAACAGCCAACCCGUUACAGCAGCUGUACAGAACAGCCAACCCCUUACAACAGCUUUACCUUCAAGCUGCCCAGAUGGACUUUAGCCGGCAUUUUUCCGGUCACCCCCAACUCGAGCCGGACUUCUCCUCCCUGCUGACCUCGCACCUCUCCCUCCUUAGCUCCCACUUUCUCCGACAGAGCCUCAACGCUUACGGCUCCCAUCUGACGGACAUGCCGCCAUUUUAUGACUCCCACGCCCAGAGCCGGCCCGUAUACAGCUCCGACUACAGCUUGCAUCACUUGCUAGCCCAACAUUCGCCCUCGUCAUCUGCCACGUCAUCUACCACGUCAUCAUACACGUCACACGUGGAAGCUUCGAGAUGCCGGAAGAGGAAACACACGAUUCAGAUGCUUCUGUCCCACAGGAGAAGUAGGUCAAGGUCUUCAUCGAGGUCAAGGUCUGCGUCUCCGAGUACAGACGGAAAUUAA